AUGCACAGCAUUGGCCCACUCCCCCCAAGUCUACUCCAAUCCACUUAUGACACCGUGGAGCGCACUUCAGCGCAGCUCACCCAUAUCCUCCUGCAUCGAGGACUACUCAUUCUCCUUUGCUACUUCCUACCCGUCGACUAUCAGAAUCCCCCACCCAACCAGGAGACCACCCCAGUGACUUCCCAUUCGACCUCUUGUCAUCCAACCCCUGAUCCAAUUAUCCAUCCAACUGGAUCCCGAGAAAACCCCAUUGACGUCAACGGUCCAGCGUUGCCUACCAACAUGACAGGAAGAUAUGGCAAUAUCUGCUGGGGCAUUAUCCAUCUGCCUGUCCUCAACAAACUGUUUGGGACAAUGCUAUCCAAGAAGCCACCGAAGAGCAAGACUACGAUGAUGGCACUCUUGUGGACCUGGACAGUUCGGUAA